AUGAGAGAUGUUAUACUUUCAUUUUAUGUUCUAGUGGACACAGAAGGCAAUAAUAAAACAGUGCUAAAAUAUAAAUGCCAUACAAUGAAGAAGCUCAGCAUGACAAGAACUCUUCUGACAGAAAAGAAGGAAGGAGAAGAAAACAUAGGUGGGGUGGAAUGGCUGCAAAUCAAGGAUAAUAAUUUCUCCUAUAGACCCAACAUGAUUUGUAGCUUUCUGCAUGAAAAUGAAGAUGAAGAAGUUGUAUCUCCAGCCCCAGAUAAACCCUUGGAGUUGGAAGAGCAAGAGAUUCAAAUGAAAGACAGCUCAAACCUGAGUUAUGAACAGGAGAAACCACGGCACUUGGAAAUAGAGGAUUCUGGUCCUCUUAAUGAUAUCCCUUUUUCUGAGACAGAAGGUUCUAUUUUUGUGGAAACUCAAGAUGCUGCCUUAGAAAUGACUCCUAGAUGAUAUGUUUCUCAUAAUAAUUAGUUUUGAACUUUAAUUAGAGUUUUUAUGUAAAAUGAUCAGCUGUGUAACUCUUAGUUUUUUAUUAUUUUUAUUUUUACUUUUUAAACAUUUUAUGUCCUUCAAUCAAACUAUUUUAUUGUUUUUGUUGGAUGUACACAUAUUUCCAAUUGUAGCACAACUUAAUAUACCAGAAUCAUUCAGGACCAGACAUGAACUAAAUUUUUUAAAAUAUGGUUUAAAUGACUUUAGGGAGACUUCUCUCAUGAAUCCUUCAAAUUGGAGUGUAUACUAAGCUGGACAGUAUGGGGAACCAAACCUUUGACCUUGGUGUUACAAGGCUGCACCAUGGAGCAUCAAGCUUUUAAGCAAGGGUGGCUUCUGCACUCACCGAGAUGAUUUUGUUCCAAGCUGACUCUUGGAGGCUAAAGACUCCUGAAAUAAGCCUUAUGCUGCCAUGCUGCUGUGCUGUUUCUUGUUCUGUAUCCUGCAAAGUUAAGUGAGCCUGGUGUGCCAGGUUGGCUUCCAUGAGUCUUACUGGGUCCUGUGGGUGUGAAUGUCAUUCCAAACCCAUGACUUCUGUUGCUGUUCAGGCAGAGAAGGCAUUGCCACUGCCUACCUCUGGCCUUCUUUUACAUAAGAGAGAAAUAAACUUCUCUCUUAAAUCACUCUGUAAUAGCCAAACAAUCAGAAUUGACACAUUAUGUAUUUUUAAAAACUUGAAAAUAUAAAAAAAGUGUAAAGGAGUGGAAGAUUCUUGAGAUUUGUAAUCUUGCAAAAGAAGCUGAUCUGCAGUAUAACGUAGUUUAUCUACCUUAAAUUGAAGAGGAAAAUAAAGUCUUAAAUUCUGAAGAGAA